CUUUUAAAAGGCUAGCUAGGAAAUAGAGUGCUUUAUACUAACAAACAAGAAUAAUAGCAAAAACGGAAUAGGCCCAGGGGUCUUUAAGAAUCAUGCUUCUGGUACAUACAUUUACUAUAUUAGUUGUUAAUAUAUUUGCUGUGGUAGCAUUUGUUUCUAUACCACUUUCAAACCUGGAAUCCCACUCACACACUAGCUGGAGCGAGACAGUUCGCUUUCGGCACCUCUAUGCUGCCAGGGCAGGAGUACAUCUUAUGAUUCAUGAAGAUGGACAGAUUCUCGGUUCUGCAGAUCAAACUCUGUACAGCCUGAUGGAGAUGCGCCCUGUGGAUCCAGGCUGUAUUGUCAUCAGAGGCAUUGAAACAGCACAGUUUCUUUGCAUGGAUGUUGAUGGAAGGUUGUACUCAUCACACAUCUACAGCAGAGAUGACUGCACUUUCAGGGAGCAAAUCAAGCCAGAUGGAUACAGCAUCUACAUCUCUGUCAGACAUGGAGUACUUCUUAGCUUGGGGAAUCAUCGGCAGCGUCUUCAAGGCAGAGACAGUGGUGCUCCAUCUAUGGCUCAGUUCCUGCCGCGAAUCAGUACUAUUGUUCAGGCAUCAAUUCCAACACUGCAGUCCUUAUAUCACCCAAGUCAGGAUGCAUCACAAAAGGCUAAAUCAUUUGACACGGUCGAAUCAUUUGGUAUUCUUGCACGGAUCAUUCAUAGCCCGAGCUUUCAUAAACGUUGAGAAGGCAGCCGAGACGGCAAUAAACAAAGAUCCAUCCAUCCAUUUUCUGUAGGUGGAAUCGAACCCGCACCCUCCGUACUGUGAGGCGGACGUGCUAGCC